AUGGCCAACGAGUCCGCCGAGGCCCUGAAGGCCCUCCAUGUCCCCUCCAAACCCAUCAUCUUCGCCAACAUUUGGGACGUUGCCUCUCUCAACGCCAUCAAUUCCCUCAACACCCCGUCCUCCAAGCUCGUCCAAGGUGUCGCCACUACAUCGUGGGCCAUAGCUGCCGUCAACGGACAGCUAGACGAGGACCUCACAGCCGAGCAAACCCUCGAAUCCAUCAAGCGAAUCGCACCCUUUGCCGCGAAAGCAGGUCUCCCGCUGAGCGCCGAUCUCAGGGACGGCUAUGGUUCGCGCAUCUCAGAAGUCGUCACUGACGCCGUAAAUGCUGGCAUCGCCGGCGCCAACAUUGAAGAUUCCAUCCCAUCGCCUUUGUUCGACAAGGGCUUAUACCCCAUCGACGAGCAGGUUCAGAGGCUCAAGACUGCGCUUCAAGCCGCCGAGGCUGCUGGAACGCCAGACUUUGUGCUCAACGCUCGAUGUGACGUGUUUUGCUUGGAGGAUGAGAGCCUAGACGAUGAGACCAGGCUCAGGGAGGCGAUUAAGAGGGGCAAGGCGUAUUUGGAGCUGGGUGCCACGACGGUGUUUUACUGGGGUGGGCCGCGAGGAGGCAUGACGAAGCAUCAUUUGGAGACGUUGGUGAAGGAGUUGGAUGGUCGGGUCGCCGCGUCAUUCUCCGCUUAUCCCGGCAUCAAGACUACCAAGGAGUUGGCAGAUAUGGGCGUUGCCAGAGUGAGCAUUGGGCCUGGCUUGUUCAAGGUCGCCAUGGGGGCGGUCAGGGCUGCUGCUGAGAAUAUGCUCACGGGGGGGAGUCCGGCACCGUGA